CAAAAAAUUCCCACACAAAAAAUUCUCCCCAUUUCUACAUGCCACCGCCAUUUCUAAGCUUGGGUAAUCGUCACCCAUCCUUUCUCCUUCGCUGCUGUGCUCCCACGAAUCAUAAUCAUCACUCCAGUUCCCUCUCCACUCAGAGAGGAAAUAACAUUAUGGUGAAGAUGGAUCGCCUAACUGGUGCUGCUCAUCUCAUGAUUGUCUCAGAUCUUGAUCAUACAAUGGUUGAUCAUCAUGAUGCUGAGAACCUUUCUCUGCUGAGGUUUAAUGCUCUAUGGGAAGCUAAUUAUCGCAAUAACUCAUUGCUUGUGUUUUCAACUGGGAGGUCACCCACUCUUUAUAAAGAAUUGAGGAAAGAAAAGCCGAUGCUAACCCCAGAUAUCACCAUUUUGUCCGUGGGCACUGAAAUAACAUAUGGCAACUCAAUGGUGCCAGACAAUGGAUGGGAAGAAUAUUUGAAUCACAAAUGGGACCGAAGCAUAGUAGCUGAGGAGACAAGCAUGUUUUCUGAAUUGAAACUCCAAUCAGAAACAGAACAACGUCCACACAAGGUUAGCUUUUAUGUUCAGAAGGAUAAGGCUCGAGAUAUCACAAAAGCUCUGUCCACCCGUUUAGCUGAGCGUGGGUUGGAUGUCAAGAUAAUUUAUAGUGGAGGGAUGGACUUGGAUAUUUUGCCACAAGGUGCUGGGAAAGGUCAGGCUAUGGCAUAUUUGCUCAAGAAAUUGAAAAGCGAGGAUAAACUGCCCAAAAACACUCUUGCCUGUGGUGAUUCUGGAAAUGAUGCUGAACUUUUUAGUAUUCCAGACGUGUAUGGUGUGAUGGUUGCCAAUGCCCAAGAGGAAUUGUUGCAAUGGCAUGCUGCAAAUGCCAAAGAUAAUCCAAAAAUAAUUCAUGCAACAGGGAGGUGUGCAGCAGGCAUCAUAGAAGCCAUUGGCCAUUUCAACCUGGGCCCAAACAAGUCUCCAAGAGAUGUCACGGGCCUGUUAUAUUCCGAGGGAACUGACCCAGCUCAUAAAGUUGUGGAAUUGUAUUUGUUUUUUGAAAAAUGGAGGCGUGGAGAAAUUGACAACUCAGAGGCCACUUUUGCACAGAUUAAAGAUUUUUGUUGUCCAUCUGGAAUUUUUAUCCACCCAUCAGGCGUUGAGAAAACUCUCGAGGACUGUGUUAGCUCAUUAAAGGCGUGUUAUGGGGACAAAAAAGGAACACAUUUCCGUGUUUGGGUUGAUCAAGUCAUACCUACGCAGCUUUGUUCGGAUUCGUGGUUAGUGCGGUUCAAGAGAUGGGAGACCUCUGGGUUCAUUCAAUGGUUUCGUGCUUAUGCUUCCAUCUAAAAUAAGAAGAAGAAAAAUUUAAUGAUUUCAAAAGCAAAACAAACCUUGUCACUGAGUCCAAACAUGACAGAAGACCCAACGUCAAAAGUGAAACCAUCUCUCUGGUAAAACCCGGAGCUCCCGCCGGGAAUCACAUACUUCUCCAGAACCAAGACCUUGGCUCCUUUCACGGCCAACUGAGUCCCAGCAACUAACCCACCAAUACCAGACCCAAUCACGAUUGCGUCGUACACUUCAGCACUCUGGGCUGUUUUAUCUGCAACAGCCACCGAUUUCAACUGAGAAAAAACAAAUCUUUUUCUGUGUCCGGGACUUCUGAACCCUAAAUUCAAGCCCCCAAACAAGAUAUCGCCACAUUUCUCGGCCCUAAAGCAUAAACUCUUCUGUUUCUG